AUGUCAACGUCCUCGUCUUCUUCGUCACAUGACGGUGGAGACGGUGGCAAUGGCGGCGGUGGUGGAGGUGAGUUCGAUGAGCCACCACAUGCUCGUCAGCGUUUCAACUCGGGUGUGUGGCCUGAACCGUUUCUCGAAGCACUUGCUUCACAAAUCGCCAUUGAUUCUGCCCUCACAGAUGGUCGCCUUGCUGCUGCUCCUGCUCUUUUUAAUAUUUUCCAGGUAUGUCGAACAUGGCGAACGGUAUCCCAGUCUGACCUCCUUUGGCAAACCCUGACACGGCGUAUAUGGCGUCGUAAUCACCUCCUCCAUCCGACAUGGUAUGAAGAAUACAUUUACCGCCAUAGAACAACUAGAAACUUCCGUGAUAGAAGGUAUAUCUACAACACCCUCAACUUCCCUCCGAAUGAUAACAAUAAUAAUAAUAACAAUAACGAAAUUCUCUCCUGCCGCCGCCUUGCACUAUCUGAUUACCAUCUUGCUGCUGGUUUUUCCGAUGGGUCUGUUCGCCUAUUUCACCUUCCCACGAGGCAUCACGUGUCAACCUUCCAUCCUCUUCAACGUAACCAUCUUGGCCCGUUCUCUCGCACCGUCUGUGGGAUCUUUUUUACAGAUAACAGGCUUGUAUUUGCCUCACAUGAUGGUGAUAUUCAUGUUGCAUCUAUCAACGUUCCCGGAGUCACACGGAGGGCUUACUUAGGUGAUGUGGUAACUGACGGUGUCCUUGUAGAUUUUGCUGGUUGUAACCAGUGGUGGGUCGGUCUUUAUGCAGGUGUUCCAAACCGUGCCUUUCAUGUACGAAAUGGAAAUACGGAAGAACUUGUAUUCAUUGGUGGCACACUGACUGACCCAGACGCAGUAAUUGGCUGGCACUUACUCACAGACCUGACUGAGCAUGUUGGUCGAAUCCGCAUAACAAAUGAUGAUCUUGCGGUAGGUUUUACGAGAAGCAGGGUCAUUGUAUUUGAUUUGAGAAGCCAAGUAAUUUUAGGAGAGGUUGUAAGGCAGAUAAGCGUUGGUGCAGCUGACGCUUAUGAUGGAGCUCUCGUGUUUGUAAAUAGUAGGGGUGUAGCUAAUGUACGCCAAGUGGGUAGUUUGCAAGAAAUCUGUAGGUUUAUGGCUCGUGGUGGGUCGCUUGGGUGUAUGAAUGGUGGCUAUGGUUUUAUGUGCAUUGGGGGUGGGAUUAGAGUUUGGGAAUUGAAUCAUGGAGCGCACUUGUAUAUUUUAAGAGAACGGAUAGGGGAUGCAACCGCGCUCAUUGCAGAUGAACGGUAUGUAGCAGCUUGUACCAAUGAUCACACCAUUCAUUUAUGGGAUUUUGGAGCACGUGACUAG